AUGUUCGCAAUAUUUCUUCAUAAUAAAACAAUAAUAAAUACUGAAUCAUUAUUUAUAAUUUUCGAUAUCUUAUCGAUUGUAUUUACUUUAUUAAUCGUUGGAAUUGCCAUACUUUAUUUAUUUAUUAUUAUUUCAAAUAAAACUUGUCAUACAGUUCCAAUGAUGUUUAUUGCUAAUUCAUGUUUAGCUCAUCUUAUCUUUGGUCUUGACAGACUUUGGAUAGCUGGAUUUCGACUACAAAAUGAUAUUAAAAAAAUUCAAUAUCAAGAUUAUUUAUGUAUUCUUCGAAUUUAUAUUGCAUAUAGUUCAUGUGCUAUGUUAAAUUAUUCUUAUUUAGUACAAGCUAUAUAUCGAUAUCUAUGUGUAGUUUACCCAACUCGUUUAUUAUGGCAAUCACGACAAAUACAAUUCUUAUUUAUUUUCAUGUCAUGGAUAUUUAGUAUUGCAUAUCCUUUAAUAUUUAUAUUUAAUGGAGAAAUUGUUUAUGAUGCUGCCAAUCAUAUGUGUCAAUUACCACUUGGAUAUUCUUUUUCAUUAGUUUAUAUGUUACAUUGCAGUUAUAUAAUACCUGUUCUGUUCAUUAUGAUGACUUAUUUUAAAUUAAUUCGAUAUAUUCAUGUAAUGAGUAAACGUAUAACACCGGCGAAUAUUAUAAUUCGAGCAAAACGACAAUUAAGAAUGGUUCGAAAUAUCGUUAUUCUUAUAACGAUUUUAUUCAUAACUGGUUUUCCUUAUGGACUAUUUGUUGUCAUGUCAUUUUUUACAAACAUACCAAAAUAUCAUUGUCGAUUUUCUUGUGUAUUCUUUGAUGUAUUAUCUGUAUCAGUUAUGAUUGCUUUAUUUAAAUUUACAGAUCCACUGAAAAUGUCUAUAACAGACAUCAUUAGACGAAAAUCAAAAGUGGUAUUAGUAAGAAUGGUAUAA